ACGACUCGUCUAAACUCUCUCGGCGCCAUGGCGGCAACGCGCGUGCUGCGCGUGCUGCGCCAUGUGGAACGUGGGCUUCGGUGCAUGUCCACCGCCAUCUCCUCAGCACCCGGCAGCUUAAGCGCGGCGCUGAACAUCCACGAACACGGCGUGGAAAGGAAUACCAUCCGCCUCGGGAAAAGUCCCCGGGUCUGCCAGACUGCCGAAGAAGCCUUGGAGCCGUACCUGAAAAGCGACGGCAUGGUUUUCAUUCAUGCAGGCGCUGCCACACCACAGCCUCUGAUGCAGGGGAUGAUCAAUGUGGCCAAGGCUCAAAAACUUCGGAAUUUGAGGACCAUCCACAUGCACCUGGAAGGGCCGGGACCCAUACCAGUGGACGAUCCUGAAGCGGCCCAAUGUAUCAGACCCUUGCCCACAUUUGUGGGAGCCAACCUGCGUCAGCAGGUCAUGACCGGUGAUGCGGAAGCGAUUCCCAUCCACCUGCGCGACCUGCCGUUGCUCUUCCGCCGUCGCCUGGUCUGCCCCGACGUGGCGCUGCUGCACGUCUCGCCGCCCGACGCGCACGGCUUCUGCACCCUGGGCACCUCGGUGGACUGGGCGCGGGGCGCCGCGGAACACGCCAAGGCUUUGGUGGCCCUAGUGAAUCAGCAGAUGCCCCGGGUCCACGGCGAUGGCAUCAUCCACUUCUCGCAGUUCGAUGCGGUGCUGCACCACGAUGGGCCCUUGUGGAUUCACAAGACCAAGGAGUUGACGCCUGAAGAAAUUCGCAUCGGUCAACACAUUGCCGAGCUGGUUCCUGAUGGUGCCACCCUGCAGAUGGGGAUUGGCUCAGUCCCCGAUGCUGCACUUAGUCAGCUGACCAACCAUAAGAACCUGGGCAUUCACACCGAGAUGUUUAGCGAUGGAGUGCUUCCCCUCAUUGAAUCUGGAGUGAUCAACAACAGCUGCAAGUCCACCUAUCGUGGCCGUACCAUCAGUGCCUUCAUCAGCGGUAGCCAGAAGCUUUAUGACUUCGUGAAUGACAACUUGAGUGUGAACUUGAAAGAUGUGGCAUAUACCAACAAUGUGGAGGUCAUUGCAUCACAACAAUCCAUGAUAGGCAUCAACAGUUGCAUCGAGAUGGAUCUCACAGGGCAAGCUGCCAGCUCGACCAUUGGGGCCCGUAUCUAUUCGGGUUUCGGGGGACAGGUGGACUUCCUCACGGGUGCUUCGGCCUGUGCGAAUGGCAAGGGCAUCUUGGCCUUCCCCUCGCGGACGCACAAAGGCGUGCCGCGCAUCGUUCCGCAUCUGAAAGAGGCCGCAGGUGUCGUCACCACAAGGGCCCAGAUUCAAUACGUCGUCACUGAGAAUGGUUCGGCCAACUUGUUCGGCAAGACUCUGCCGGAGAGAGCACGCUUGUUGAUUGAUUUAGCCCACCCCGAUGACCGGGAAGACUUGGAAAGACACGCCAAAGACCGCUUCAAGAAAGCCUUCCAAUGAGUUCCCGGCGUUGCAGGGCACUCGCAUCCUCGUUGACGGCGAAGUCAAAAUGACGAGUCGUCGACCGGAGACUUCCACAAAAAUUCGAUGGAAAUCCACGCAAUUUGCCGU